AUGGAGCACGCGUGGAGGUUGUUGAAGGAUGAACCUAAAUGGAAGGGGCAAGAAAUGAACAACUCUUCAAAGAGAUCAAAGAUAUCCUCUACCGGGACAUAUUCAUCGUCAUUUAAUCCAGAAAAUCCCAUAGAUUGUUCAGAAUACAACAGUGCAACUCAGACCGACCGCCCAGCAGGACAAAAGGUGGCAAAAAGGAAGGGCAAGUGA